CAGUCAAGCUUUUAUUGAUUAAUAAUGAUGGUCCAAACUAGUGUGGACGGCUUUAACUCGGGUCACCAACUCUGGCCACCGCCGGUGUGACGUGUCGUAGAUAGAGGAACGUCACCCCUCCCGAUUCUCUGUCAAAAUUUGAUUCAUUUUCUUACCGGCUCCUUUGAUCCGACACAGACAAGUCUUUGUUCUUCGGAUUUGCCGGAGUUUGGUUCCGUCAUCCCUGCAAUUAUUUUAAGGCCAUUUUUUAAUAUUAUAUAUGUGUGUGUACAUGUCCUUAUAUUCCGGUUUCUAGAAGGAGCCACAUAGUAUGACCCAAACCAAUACAUAUUAAGAACACCUCAUAAAAUGCUUUUCACAAUGUACAGCCCAAUACCUCUCUCUAACUAUAUCUGUAAAGUAGAUCUUCCAUCGUCAUCUGGCCUCUCUCUCUCUCUCUCUCUCUCUCUCUGUCUGCUGGCCUUUCUUUUCCUAUAUAUUUCUGGAGAAAACGCUCUGCAAACUGCAAAUAACCAUUCCAUGUUGUCGAUCCACUUUUAACAGUUUCCACCCACUUCAACAAUUGUCUACAUAAUCAUCGAAAGUUCCUCAAUUUCUCGAAUUCUAAAGGUAUCAGCAAUUGUACAUCAACAAAUCUUCUUCUUAGGUUUUUUUUGUACCAGUAUUAGAUUUCAAGAAUGCCGAUUCCGGGAUCUUCAUCCACGACGCUGGGAACUGAAGGUCCCGAAGAAAGUGACAAGAAUUCCGAGCCCUUGAUUCCUGGGUUACCGGACGAGAUCGCCGAACUGUGCCUUCUUUUCCUUCCUUACCCGUACCAAGCUUUGGCACGAUCGGUUUCAUCUUCGUGGAAACGAGCCAUUACAGACGCUAGCUUUCUGAUCUACAAGACAGCCCUAUCGCUUUCUCUGCCUUACAUUUUCGUAUUGGCGUUUCAAGAAUCGACGGCCAGUAUUCAAUGGCAGUCUCUCGACCCGCGAUCCAGACGUUGGUUUGUCUUACCUCCCAUACCAUGUACCAUCGCCGCGUGUCAAUCUGGGAUUGCGUGUGCCUCACUGCCACGUCAGGGGAAACUCUUCGUUUUGGGUGGUAAUAGUCUGCGGUCAGGCUCAGAGACUGCCACGCAUACGACGUUUGUCUACGCUACAUCAACGAAUCAAUGGUCGGUGACGUCGCCUAUGCCAUUCAAGCGAUCAUAUUUCGCGGCUGGGAGUAUUAAAGGAAAGAUCAUAGCCGUUGGAGAAAGUGAGCCCAGCACCACAGAUCAAAUCACAGCCGCAGAGGGCUAUGAUCCAGAAAGCGACACGUGGACUGAGGUUGCCACGUUAGGCAUGCGGUUAGUGAGGUACGACUCCGCUGUGGUGGAGAACAGGAUGUACGUGACAGAGGGGUGGACGUGGCCAUUCAGAUACUCGCCCAGAGGUGGAGUUUACGAUCCAGAUGAGAACAGGUGGCGGAUGAUGAGUAAAGGGAUGAGGGAGGGGUGGUCAGGGCUGAGUGUAGUACUGGGUGGGAGGCUGUUUGUGAUAUCAGAGUACGGAGAUUGUCCGAUGAAGGUGUACGUUCCGGAUGAUGACACGUGGAGGUAUGUGGGUGGCGAGAAGCUACCGCGAGAGGCAAUGAAGAGGCCGUUCGCAGUGAAUGGGGUGGAGGGGAGGAUAUACGUGGUGUCGCGUGGAUUACACGUGGCGGUGGGGAAGGUGUUUGAAGGAAAUAAUAAGAAAUGGGAAUUCAGGGUGGAGUGGGAGGUAAUGGCGGCUCCUGAAACGUUUAACGGCUUUUCUCCUCUUAAUUGUCAGGUACUCUAUGGAUGAUAAACAUCAUCGGAUUCGAUUCAUCAUAAUCACCAUUGAUGAUCAACUUUCAAGUUUCUUUCACUGAAUAUGAAUUUUGACGCCAACUCGGAUGUUCCAGUCUUUAGACGUAUAUUCAAUGAAGAUGACGAGGUCCUGGUGUUGUAUAUAAAAAUGAUACAGCUCUACCAAAUUGAUUGGAUGUGUGCAAGACUUGUUUCAUUUUUCUUUUCCUUUUGUCUAUGUUAGGCACCUUAUCUUUCUACGCUUUACAAAUUU